GGACAACUCCAUAAUGACAAGGUGCUUAAUCAAGUCCACGGUAUGGAUGAAACACAGCAACCAGCAAGUGGCUUUCAUCAUGCAAACGACGAAGUUACGACUGCUACAGCGGAGCAGCAUGCAAAUGCAACGUGGCAGGAGAACCACCAGGCACAAGUAGCUUCGGAACAAACGCAAGUCGGACCACAGGCGAGCGAACAACAAGGGACCACAGUGGACACCACGACCACAGGAACUGCCACCGCCAUUGAGCAGACUAAGGCGCAAAAAGGUGCUAUUGAGGUAAACGGAAAAGUUCUUGGCACAGAAGCCGGACAGCAUCGUCCGCCCGCAGCAGUGCCAAGCGAGCGAGAAAAUGCGCAAUCUCAGCGACUAGUGACGGGAGCAGGACCAGCGUCUUCGUCAUCUACACCUGCGACUCAGUCCUUUCGCACCGCCAGAGCAGCGAACGACG